CUGCCUCCCUGGCUUGGACUAGCGUGCAGGAUUGAACUUCGGACUGAAGAAAGUGAACUCUGACCUGGUCAAGUGAAUGGUUCAUUCAGUGGCUCACAAAUCCGGUACAGUCAGUAGGCAGUAUUGCUGGGACAUGUACAUGUCGACAGUCACUGCCAGUACAUGCAUGCCAGUAAUUAUUUUUGUUUUGUGUGACGGUCGAACUGAAGUGAACGCUCAUCAAACCACAAGGAAAAUCAGUUCUUGGUCCUGUAAGGCUGUAGGAUUUUCCUUCCUAGCAGCCAUGAGUGUGGAGGCCGCAGCAGCAGAGCAACCACCCUGCGCGAAGGUAGCCAAACUGUUGACCUCUCAAUACACGGAUGCCAUGCAUCAGUUGGAGGUAGCGCACAGCGAAUGCACCAAGACCGCCAACGUCGACUUGAAGCGGCUGAUCGGCAGCGUAGAGCAGUGUGCGGACAUCGUCAGUUGUCUGGUUCAUGACGACCGUCAUCCGGUGCGUCAGCCUGCACUGCUACAGCUACAGGAUACACUCAUGCACCAUCGCAGCAUACUGCACGCCAAGCGACUACAACUCACAGCACCAGUCGCGACCAACGGCACUGAAACGCGCGCGGCCACAGCAAGCAAACGCAGUCAUUCGAAAGCUAAUCAAGCCGAGCGUCCAGAGGCUCUGUGUGUAGACAAUGAGCAAAGCAAGAGCAGGAUGUCUGCAAUCGAGGGAACGAUCAUGACGCCGGGAAAGGUGACGUUCGCCGACGUGGCUGGUCUUGAGGCUGCCAAGCAAACACUGCAUGAAGCAAUCGUCAUGCCACUACUCUACCCGCAUCUCUUCACUGGUGGCCGCAGACCAUGGCAACGCAUACUCUUGUAUGGACCACCAGGAACAGGAAAAACCCGCCUUGCACAAGCUGUAGCAUCUGAAAUCAACUCCACAUUCUAUUGUGUCUCCAGUUCCAACCUGAUAUCGAGCUUUGUUGGUGAAAGCGAGAAGCUGAUACGAGAGUUGUUUGUGCAUGCCCGACGUGAAAAUCCAGCAGGACGUUCGGUCAUCUUUAUAGAUGAAAUCGAUUCGCUGUGCAGGCAGCGGUCAGCACGAGAGGAAGAGCACACGCGGAGAGUCAAGACAGAGCUGCUGAAACAGAUGGAAGGUGCUGACAAUUCUGAAGCAGCCAAUGUGUUCCUGCUGUGCGCCACUAACUGCCCGUGGGAGCUGGACAGUGCGUUUCUUCGGCGAUUUGAGAAGCGUUUGUACAUACCUCUACCGAAUAGGACAACAAGAGAGACUCUCCUGAGACUGAAGUGUCGCGGUAGCAACGUUGCUCUGCGGGACAGCGAGUGGCACCUACUGGCAGAACAAACUGUUGGGUACUCCGGCAGUGACCUAGAUACGUGUGUGGCCGAUGCCCUCAUGGAGCCAGUGCGCCAGCUGGCAUCGUCCUGCUUCUGGCACUCGACAACUGAUGGAAGCCAGUUAACACCUUGUGAAGAGACAGAUCCAGGCGCCAUGGCCAAACAUCUCAGUGACAUUCCACCAUCCAUGGUAAUGCCACGGCCGAUCAGUGUUGAGGACUUUCUACUGUCACUUCAACGAAAUCAGCCCACCGUCAAUCGGGACGAUAUGCUACGAUUCGAAGAGUUCACUGGCUCCUUUGGACAAAGCGGAUAGAGCAGUGAAAAAAGCUGUUGAGAAUGAGCCAGACAGAAUGAAUUGCACAACACAGAAAGUCUGCAAUCUCACCAUGGCCAUUUUUCUAUUUCUGCCUUUGUCUGUCUGUCUGUCUGUUUAUCUGCCUGCCUGCCUGCCUGCCUGCCUGCCUGCCUGUCUGUCUGCCUCUCCCAUCCCUGCUGGUUAGGGAGUACAUGCCAUUCUGCUACAUGCACCUGACGUAAUCAUAACUAUACAACACGUCCAGUUCAAUUUUACGUACAGGGUUUUGCUAGUUCAAUUUUACAUACAGAACCCCUGCUAUCUCGUCAGAAUAUGCCCAGCAUGCUUUCACACUGCACAUAUUACAGUGCAUAGAUGCUUG